AUGCUCAGUGGUGUGCCAGAUAAUUUGAGGCUAGUAGUCCAUGAUCUCAUCACAAAAAUACUUGCCACAAAUCGAUGUGAGUCCUACUCAUCCAUAGAUGCUGUAAAGCAAUUUUAUUCAUUUGGUGAGAAUCUGUUCACGUGUUCUUCUAACCCAGCAUCAUUACCGGAAGUUGAAGCGCAGCUGUUCUCAAUCCUGCAAGUGGACGGAAGAGAUAUUGAUUCAGUCAAACUCAAACGCCUCCUGAGAUUCUUUCAUAACUUGCCUUCUGUCAGGCGAAAGGCAGAAAUUUUGGAGUUUUUUUACCAGCUCUCUAGUCACAAUUAUUGUCGACGAAAAGCUGAUGUUCCGUCUGUUUCUGAAAGCCUAUUUCGAAAUAUAAACUCUUUUAAUAAUGGAUCAAGUGGGUUUGUGUCAGAUUUAGUCUCUCAUUCUUCCGUCCAACCGAAAUCCAAACCUCCUACUCCUGUAAGGUCUACCAUAAGAUCUGGUGAUUCAUCGAAUUCUGCAACAGACCACUUAGUUAAUUUAUGGGGACCUCCCGCUGGUGACUCGUAUAGACCUCCUCUUUCAAGCAAUAAUCUUAAUCGUCGUUUUCUUAGUCAGCGUAUCAAGAAUUCAUCAUUACCCAAGGCUGCCAGUCGAACAACAGUUUCGGAAGCUGAUCUUUUACGUGAAUUGGUAUUUGUACUAAAUGGUGUUGGAGGGAACCUAAUUAAAUAUAAUCAUAUCCUGGAUUCUUUCAGAUUAGUGUCAACUGCGAAUGUUCCUGUUGGUCGACAAGAUUCAAUUCAUAGGAUAGCUGAAUGUGGUUGGUUACAUAAUCAAAUUAAACAAUUUGUAAAUCGUGCUCGAAAUGAUAGAUCCUCUGGGAUUAUUGUACAAAGUUUUGCUUCUGGCUUACAUGAACACUUGACUGAGUAUUACCGUCUGGUCGCUACUUUAGAGUCACAAUUGAAUCAAGAUAAACAUGAUUUUCCUGGAGAUCAUGCUAGUCAGUCCGACCAAGGCACAGACUAUGGUAGAUCGCUAGAAAACAUGACAAGUACUAUACCUGGUGGUGUUGGAGGCUUGGAUAUUCAUGUCGAUCGCACUGGUGAUAAUCAGUCAACUACUUCUUCGUUAUCUUCCGUUCAACCGUUAACAUUGACCCGGUUAGUUUUGUGGACUCAAGAGCCUCGGCUGAGAUUACGAUUUUUAGCUAGUUUAUGUGAUGUUUGCCGUGGUUUAAAAGGUGGAGCGUUAGCUUCUGAAGUGUUUGCUCAUACACUUCAUGGAGAUCCUGAAGUAUCGUUAAUCAUGCGACAUUUAAUGUCAAAUAUUGCUUCUAGUUUAUUACAUUUUAUUAGUCAAUGGAUUUAUGAUGGUCAUUUAGAUGAUCCAUAUCAAGAAUUCUUUGUUGAAUCUGAUAUGUCAGUAAAAAUGGAUCGUUUAUGGUAUGAUAAAUAUAAUCUGCGGCAUAAUAUGAUUCCAAGAUUUAUCACAUCAAGCCAAGCUAAUAAAAUUCUUGUCACUGGUAAAUCGAUCAACUUUUUAAUUCAUGUUUGUGGAGAGAAACAAGGCAUUAAAAAUCGUGAAUCUAUUCGUUACACACGUUUAAAAAAGGUUGAAUCAAUGUUUGAACAAGAUUUAGAUCAAUCAUUUGAUCAAAUGAUAUCUACUGUAUACAAACAAACUAGUCAACAUUUAUUAGAAACAUUAAUCGGACGUUAUCAUUUUUUAGAUCAUUUAAGAGCUACUAGACAGUUUUUACUCUUAGGACAGGGGGAUUUUAUUCAACAUCUUAUGGAUUUGUUAGAUUCCAAUUUAAAUAAACCAUGUUCACAAAUAUUACUUAGUCGAUUAAGUGGUAUAUUAGAGACAGCCAUACGUGAUACUAAUGCUCAGUAUGAACAACCUGAAAUUCUUCAACGUUUAGAUGUUCGUUUAUUGGAUAUAUCUACAGGUCAAGAUACUGGAUGGGAUAUAUUUUCAUUGGAUUAUCAUGUCGAUGGUCCAUUGGCGACAAUAUUUACUGAUAAUUGUCGUUUUAUGUAUUUAUUUUCAUUUAAUUUUCUUUGGCGUGCUAAACGUAUGGAAUUUACAUUAAGCAAUUUAUGGAAACAACAGCUAUGUGCAACACGUUUAGGUUAUGAUUUACAAAUCGAUUUAGCCUUAGUGCUACAUUUAUUACAACUAUUCGGUGCAGAAAUACGUCAUUUUAUUCAACAAAUACAAUAUUAUAUUAAUUUUGAAGUUUUAGAAUGUGCCUGGGAAAAUCUUGUCAAACAAGUACAUUCUGCUGAAGAUCUUGGUGAUGUUAUUAAAGCCCAUCAAGCAUUUUUAUCAAAUGUAUUUACAAGAUGUCUAUUAGAUGCUGAAUCACGUCAACUUCUUGGUCAAUUACGAGCGAUAUUUAAUUCAAUUUUAGAUUAUGCUCAAUUACAUCAAGAUUUUAAUACAACUGCUAUGCAUGAGAAUGGUAUACGUGAAAAAUAUGCAUCUGAUGUGCAACGUGCUGAAAAAACUGGUCAUUGGGGUACUAAUCGAUUACGAGAAGAACAAGAGUUGACUAGACGUAAAGAGUUUGUCGAUCAUAAACUUUCUCAUUUACAAGCUCGGAUACGUAUUCAAGCUGCUGCAUACCGUACUAAUCUUAUCAAAUUCAUUGAUAUGUUAUCGAAUCAUACAGAUUGUAGUUUACGUUUAUUAGCAGAGCAUAUAAAUUUCAAUGGACAUUAUUGUACUUCAGCACCUGGUUCAUCUUUUACCACUAGUGGAUCAAUAACAUCCGGUUAUCCUUCAAUCAAUGGUCAUCAUCAAAAAUAUCAGUUCACACAACAACAACAACACCACCACCACGAACAACAACAACAAAGAUCUCCACAAUCAUUGUCCUCAGCGCUGCCACAAAGAUCAACACAACCAUCACCAUCAUCAUUAUCACAACAACAACAACAACAACAACAAGAAGAACAGAACAGAAGUAAUUACAGUAAUAUCAUCAUAUUGAGAAGUGCUCAACCAUAUUCUGGUUCUGUUACACCAAGUUCAACAUCAUCAUGA